CCAUUUUCGUUUCUUUUUCAAAUUCCUUCCGCUCUUCUUCUUCUUCUUCUUCUCUCCUAAAACCCUAGUCUCUCUCUCUCUCUCUCUCUCGAUCCAUUCCCUUGAUUUUCUCCUUGAGAUUUUUGUCACUUGAAUUGUUCGAUCAUGUCGGACCACGCUGAAAACACCGAACCGAAAUCGGAGUCAUUGAUCGACAAGAUAGUUGAGAAGAUUCAUGAUCACGAUUCAUCUUCAUCGUCCGGAUCAGACGCCGAAACUGAGGGAUCGGCUUCUUCUUCCACUUUGAAGGAGAAGGUCUUCCGGAUUUUCGGAAGGGAAAGGCCGGUUCAUCAUGUCCUUGGCGGUGGCAAACCUGCUGAUUUAUUCUUGUGGAGGAAUAAGAAGAUCUCAGCCGGUGUUCUUAGUGGAGCCACUCUCAUCUGGGUUUUCUUUGAGUUGCUCGAGUGCCAUCUGCUUACGUUUAUUUCCCGUUCUCUGAUCCUUGCUCUUGGGCUCUUGUUCCUUUGGUCCAAUGCUCACACAUUUAUUUACAAGAGCCCACCUCGAAUCCCUGUUGUUCAACUCCCUGCGGACCCCUUCAUGGAGCUUGCUUCAACUUUGAGAGCGGAAAUUAAUUGUGGUUUUGCACUAUUGCGGGACAUUGCGACUGGAAGGGAUUUGAAGAAAUUCCUCACUGCCAUUGCUGCUUUGUGGGUUCUGUCAAUUGUGGGAAGCUGGUGCAAUUUCUUAACGUUGUUCUACAUAAACUUUGUUUUGUUGCACACGGUCCCAGUCGUGUAUGAGAAAUAUGAAGAUAAGAUCGACCCAUUAGCGGAAAAAGCAGUAAUUGAGUUCAAAAAGCACUACGCUGUGUUUGAAGAGAAGGUCCUGAGCAAAAUUCCAAAAGGCCCAUUGAAAGGCAAGAAGGCUUAAUUAAACUGGCUUGGCUUUGGUGUCUUUUUUCACCACAAAAAGCGGUAACCACAUGUUUAUUGAUCUUUCUUCUUGUCUUUUUGCUGCACUCAUAGUUUUAGUUCUUUAAUCAUUUUCGGUGGUUUUCGCAAAUUUGGUGGGAUUUUUUUUUUUGAAAUCUUAUGCAAGUGUUCAAUUUGUAAGUUAUUAAUUUGUAUGGUUAGUUUUUGGACAGAUGGGUGCUUCGGUUUGUGGUAAGCUAAUUAUUAGCACUGAUAGUUUCAGUUCUUUA